GCUGCUAGGCUUGCGAUUGCCGCUCGCUCCAGCUGAGCUAAGAGUAGCAGCAGCACCAGGGCAGGGACUGACUCCAGCCCUUGGACUUAGGACAUCGCAACACCUUCCCUUGCGUGCGUGACUCAUUCGCACAUCCUUUCUGUUUAUGCCUGGGGUGGGGAGAAAAAUCCCAAACCAGCUGUGUAAAUGAGUAUGGAAGAUUAUGAUUUCCUGUUUAAAAUUGUUUUAAUCGGCAAUGCUGGUGUGGGGAAGACGUGCCUAGUCCGACGGUUCACUCAGGGUCUUUUCCCCCCAGGACAAGGAGCCACAAUUGGAGUUGAUUUUAUGAUUAAGACAGUGGAGAUUAAUGGUGAAAAAGUAAAGCUCCAGAUCUGGGACACAGCAGGUCAAGAGAGAUUUCGGUCCAUCACCCAGAGUUAUUACCGAAGCGCCAAUGCCUUGAUCCUCACCUAUGACAUAACCUGUGAGGAAUCCUUCCGUUGCCUUCCUGAGUGGCUGCGGGAGAUAGAACAAUAUGCUAGCAACAAGGUCAUCACUGUGCUAGUGGGCAACAAGAUUGAUCUGGCUGAAAGGAGAGAGGUCUCCCAGCAGAGAGCUGAAGAAUUCUCAGAAGCUCAGGACAUGUAUUACCUGGAGACCUCAGCCAAGGAAUCCGAUAACGUGGAGAAACUCUUCCUUGACUUGGCGUGCCGCCUCAUCAGUGAAGCCAGGCAGAACACACUUGUGAACAAUGUAUCCUCACCCUUACCUGGAGAAGGGAAAAGUAUCAGCUAUUUGACUUGUUGUAAUUUCAACUAAAGGCUGAGGCAAGGAGAAGCAAGAGGAAUCAGCAGUUGCCCUGAUGGGCCACCAAUUGCUGGGGAGAUCUGGCGAUGACUAUGGGUCCCGCUCUAGGACCUUCUGACUCCUGUGGGCUCCUGAGCUUACAAAGCAUGGCAGGCCAAGGGCCUCGUCCACAGGCCAGCAUUAGCAGAACAUAUAAUGGUUUCACCCUUUUGCAGUCUGGAGUCGGAUCAAGGAGAAAAUUGCACUAGGCGCUCCAUGAUCUGCAGAGCAUGUUGCUUUUGUUUUUUUUAAAAAAGCAAGUAAAAUGCAUUCCUGAACACAGUCCAGGGGGAGACGUACUGUAGGGAUCCCUCCUGCACGUCAGUGGGUGCAUGUGGGGGCUGCUCUUUAGGGCUUCUGGGGGCCCUGGUUUUCUUGUCUACCAGGUAAACCAAAACUGGGAACGCCAAGUCCUGUCUCUGGUGCGUGUUGAUAGCUCCAUGGAGAUUUUGAAAAGUGUUAUUUCUCUUUUCCAUGGGCACUUUCAAGAACUUUGGGAUGUAAAAAUGAAACGAAACCUUUACCCGUGACAACAGUAGCAAUCAUUGUUUUAUUAAUGUAUACAAGCUCCAUGACUCCUUUUGGUGCUAAUGAUUCCACUCUUUCACAGACCAAACAUUUUAGUACAUUGAUGUCCUUAAAUACAUUUCAUAGAAAUAAAAACGAAACAAAACAAAAAAAAGAAAAAAGGGAAGUCCAUUAAUCAGCUGUCUUUCUCAAAGUCUCAUUAUCACCUUUUCUAGGGUAGAUUUGUUGGGAAAGAGAAUACUUUCCUUUCCUGUUCCCCUCUAAAUCUCUACCACUUUCUUCUUCAAUUCUCCCAUCUUUCCUGCCCUUUAAGUAAAUGAAAAAGUUUGAAAAAUG